CACUCCUACAGUUUGUCCAGACUUCCUGCGCACUCAGCUCAGAGAGCAGCCCGAUCCUGAUCCUUUCAUCGCACCGACCCUGCGACUCUCUCUUGAUCCAACCAACUUUAGCGGUUCACAUUUUUGAGAUUCUCUUCGGACACAAGAAAAAGUGACUGUAUAAAGGAGAACCAGGGUUUUCUUUAAGGAUGCAUUCGGGUAUCUGGCUUUUCGGUGCCUUCAUAGCAGCCGUGAUGUUUUCUCAAGGGAGCUGCAUAGAGACGGUUAUAGGUCUGUACGGUGAGACCAUUGAAGUGCCAUGCAACAAUGGAAAUAACAAGCCAGAUGGCCUUAUUUUCACCAAAUGGAAAUACGUGAAAGAUGACGGCACUCCGGGCGAUCUUCUUGUGAAGCAGGCGCAGAAGGAUGAAGCAAUCAUGUCCGCCACAGAUGGCUAUAAAAACAGAGUCAGCAUUGCCGAUAACUCCAGCCUGCUGAUCACUCAGGGCAUGCUGGCCGAUCAGAGAGUUUUCACCUGCAUGGUGGUGUCUUUAACCAAUCUAAAAGAAUACCCAGUGGAAGUGAAAGUUUACAAGAAACCAUCAGUUCCUGUGAUCAAAAACAAAGCAAAAGAACUUGAAAACGGCAAACUGACAAAGUUGGGGGACUGCGUGGUGGAGAGUGUCAACCCAGCGGCGGAACUCAUUUGGAUGAAAAACAAUCAGCCUCUAGUGGAUGACGGCAAGACGAUCAUUAUCACAUCUACUGUCACCAAGGAGCCAGCCACAGGUCUCUCCAGCACCUCUUCCAGUCUGCAGUACACAGCCAGGAAAGAUGAUAUGACAUCACAGUUCACCUGCAUAGCGAAACAUGUGUUGGUUCCCAACCAGGUUUCAGCACCAGAGACCUUCCAAAUUCAUUACCCUACAGAGAAGGUGAGUCUACAGGUUGUCUCUCAGAGCCCCAUUAGGGAAGGUGAUAAUGUGACACUAAAAUGCCAGGCAGACGGAAACCCGCCUCCAACCAGCUUCAACUUCAACAUUAAGGGUCAGAAGGUCACAGUGACGAACAAGGAUGUGUACACCCUGACUGGUGUCACCCGAGCCGACUCUGGCUUGUAUAAAUGUUCCUUACUUGACAAAGAAGAGAUGGAGUCGACUCAGAUCAUCACAGUGAGCUUUCUGGAUGUAAGCCUCAUUCCGACUGGAAAGGUGUUAAAGAUGUUUGGGGAAAGCUUGGUGGUGUCGUUGGAAAAGAACGCCUCCACCGAAGCGAAAGUGACAUGGACCAAGGAUAACCGUAAACUAGAGAAUCUGCCCAUCUUCUCUAAAUUGACGUAUGCUGAUGCAGGCCUGUACGUGUGCGACGUGUCCAUUGAAGGAAUCAGACGCAGCUUGUCCUUUGAACUUACAGUAGAAGGUACUCCAAGAAUUCUGAGUUUGACGAAGCAUCGCAGCAAUGAUGGCAAAAACAAAAUCCUGACAUGUGAGGCAGAGGGAUUGCCUAAACCUGACGUGCAAUGGAGCGUCAAUGGAACUAAUGAUGAGAUGUCAUACGUCAAUGGGAAGGCCAUAUACAAACUGACUGUAGUGCCCAGUAAGAACCUCACUGUCACCUGUCAUGUGACCAAUAAACUAGGAUUUGAUAUGAAGGACAUCAGCGUGUUUUCUCUUUUUAAAGAGGAGACGUCCAAUCCAGAAAAAAAUGAAUAUGGAGCAGAGCAGGCCAAGCUGAUAGUGGGUGUAGUGGUUGGGAUCUUCCUGGCCGCUGCUCUGGUGGGACUCAUCUACUGGCUCUAUAUAAAGAAAUCAAGACAAGGCAGCUGGAAGACCGGAGAGAAGGAGGCGGGCACGUCAGAGGAGAGUAAGAAACUGGAGGAGAACAAUCAUAAAGCAGAUGUCUAGAGGAGAGCUGUCAAGAAGACAAAGAAGGUAUGAACCAGGAAAGAGGCCUUGUCACACUGAAUGUGCUGUACUACACUUCAAUCAUCUAAUUCCAGACAUCUGAUUGGACGCACACGCCUCUGUCAGGCUGCUCGCGUGUGUCAUGCAUCGCAGAAUGUUUCCACAAUAUUUCCUAAUCCAAAUAAUUAUAAUCCUCCACCACAAUCCAAGAGUGUAAAAGAAAAUCACUUGUGUUGUAAAUUUAGUCUGCACUGAGGACUGCAUUUAGUUUAAUUUGAUUCUUAAUUUUCUUUUUGUGUUCCCAGUGAAUGUUCUUGUUUCAUGCGCAUUGCUGAUGUGGUGGACACAGCUAUUUUUCUUUCCCCUCUAGUAAAAAUGUAAAUUCACUGUACACUUUUUAGGCCUGUGUAAAUAAGGGGAGUACAGUAUGUUCUCUCUGCUUAAAGUCAAAGUUUGGGGGACUCAAUAUCGAGCAAGUCCCUUGUCUGAAUUCAAGUGGUCCUGAGAUGGCGGUCGGAUUCUAGAAGUAUGAUGACUUCACUGCUGUUACACCUUCUGUUCUCUCUGAAACAUGUUUAUGUCUAUCUCAUGUUUUAUUUAUUGUUUAUUGGUACCUCUCGUUUCAAUGCUGCCAUAUGAAGUUCAUGUUUAAUAUUUCCUCUAGAUUACUGUAGAGUGGCUAAGAGUAAACAGGUUUAGGUUUCUGAUUAAUGGACAAUAAGUAUAGCUUUGGAAAUGUCCUGCUACACUCAGUGGCCUUCAGGUCAGAUUGCAUGAUGUCAUAGCUGCAUAGGGCUACACAGAACACAGUCCACUAGUGUUUAGCGAAGUGCAUAAAUGAUUAAAAGGGGCAUAAUGUGAAACUGCGGCAAAGUAGAAAUUUGUUAGAGCCAAACAUUGAUGCUUAUGGGUGAAUCUCAAUUUGUCAAGAACAUGUCUGGAUUAUAUUUGAAUUACAGUAAUGAGAAUAUUAGGGUAAUGUGAAUUUGGGUGGGAAAUGUGCUUUAUUAUGACAAUGUUUCAAUGCAAAAAAAUGCAAAUGGCUCGAUUCAUUUUCUUUAUACUAAAUAUAAUUUAUGCAAAAAAAAAAAAAAAAAACUAUUUUUUUUUUUUUGCAAGAUUCACCCCUUAAAGUCCCCUCUCUGUAAUUAACUGGGCUGUAGAAACAUUGCAUGCAGAGCCUUUAGUUUUGUUGGUAGAAAAUAAAUUAAAAAUAAUAGCCCCUUACUUCUGCCUUAAUAGAAUGAGUCAGUAUUUGCGUUGGAAGGCGUACUUUAGUUAGUACUUUAAUGCGAUUUGUUGGGAUUUUCUCAUUUCUCACAAUAACUUUAUAGCUUUUCAUCAAGAAGUUUUGCACUCCCCUCAGACUACAAAUAAACUACAUCUUUUUUUGUUUUUGUUUUUACACAUUAUAGCAAAUGUUUCAUGUUCUGUUUGUUUGUUAUACUGUGGUAGGUCUAUAUCGAAGUCAGGUUGAUGUCAAACACUGUAGUCUAUGAAACAUUUUUCCGUUCAUUGUGGUCUGAAGCAGCGUGCUGUAAAUAUGUUUGAGUCUGAAUGUCUAGCUUAUGUUUGGCUAUUUAUAAAGUGUGAGACACGCAAGGUUAACUGCUUCUGCUUAGUCACUAAAGAGCUAAAAACCCAUGUUUUUAUUUAAAUACUUGAAAUGUACAAUCUGACUUUGUUGCAUGGUGCGGAGAUAUCAAGAAAUGAUCCAGUUUAGUUUGAAUUCACUUUUGUUUUGUCUCCAUACGAGUCCUUACAGAUUUUGUUGAAGAAUGUUCGUGUUAAGUGUAAUUGGCUAAUUGUCUCAUGAAUAUUUUGAACCAUCAGGUCAGCAGUGAAACCAAAGAGGGUAACUGAAAAGAAGGUCAUAAAAGUAUUGUAAAUAUUGACUUUUGUUUUUGUACUUUUGUUGACAAUAAAGUGUACAUUUUGAAGAAAA